AUGGAUGUCUUCGACGACACUCUGGGGUUGAAAAACAUCCCGCGCUCACCUCAAUACAACAAUAAUAACACCGAGCAUCCGAACAACUGCGUCCUGUGCUUUUGCGGCCUCCCAGGGAGCGGGAAAACGACGGUAUCUCUCGAAUUGCAAAAACUCUGCAACCUCCACGGGAUACCGAACGCGCGGAUACGAUUCGAUGAAUACGAGAAGAAAGAAUACGAGAAGUUAGAUACUGGUGAGAAUACGACUCAGUUGAAGGGUAUGAAAAAGAAGUUUGAACCGGAAAGUUGGAAACGCGCGAGGGAUGCGUGCUUUCGCGCGGUGAGAGAUGCGUUGGAUGAUGCUGACGAUGGAAACGAAGGAGGAGCUUCAGGCGCGUUGGUUAUCCUAGAUGAUACGAUGCACUAUAAAUCGAUGCGACGAGAGGCGUAUCGAUACGCGAGAGAGUUUCGAGCGGCGUUUAUAGUCGUUCACGUGGACGUGAGCGAGGAGGAGUGUUGGAUGAGGAAUAGUAGGAGAGACGACGGGGACGUGUUGAAAGUGCCGCGAGAGGCGUUCGAGAGGUUGGCGGCGGCAUUCGAUCGGCCGGGGAAAGGCGGGUACGACGCGGACGAGGCGUUCGAUAAGAAUUAUAUGGUGGUGAAGCCACCGAAGAAGGGAAGUGGUGGUGGUAGUGGUAGCAGUAAUAAUACUAGUAGUAGCAACAUCGAAGAAGAAGAAAAGGAAUACGCGGCGUUCUGCCAAUCGCUCCUGGACGAAAUCUACGCUCGAUGGCUCACCGACGAAACGCCUCGACGCAAAGACGAGCUCGAUUUACUCAAACUCAAACGCGAACGCUCCGCCACCGAUCGCGUCAUCACCGCCGCCAACACAGUCCACGACGUCGACGUCCAAACGAGGAAACUCACGACCGAGUUUAUGAAAAAAAUCUCCCUCUCUUCUUCCUCAAAAUCUGGAGCGGCGGCUCCGUCCUCCAAGGUCCUCGCCGAACGCGUUCGCCGAGCGCGUCUCGACGCGCUCAACCUCUGUCGAGAAGAGACGAAAUUUGACGCCAGAAAAGACCAACACGUCGUUAAAGAAGAGAAUAAUAACGAUGAUGAUGAUGCAGAAAAGUAUAUCGGUUUGUUUCGGGAGAUGUUGAAGAACAUCGAGAGUAGCGCCGUAGAGAAUAACUUUGAGUAG